GGUUCCAUACUUUAAGGACAUACUUUUGAAGAUUAGCUACUGGAUUGGACGUACCGCCUCAGCAGUCUAAUCAUUUUGAGUUCUAUAAUCUUCCUCAUCAACGUCAUAGACACACUUGUUCGUACCAGCCGCUCUUUCGCGUUUCCAAACCGAUGGCACAUUCAUUUCAAUUACAACUAAUUGACCUAUUACACCCUCUUUCCCAUCGGCACCCCACAAAAAAAACAAGAGCAAUAAAUACGAAACUUUUUGUUCAGUUUGUUUUAUACCACGUCCGCACCUUGACGUUACAAUUACAUUGCCGUACUUUGUUGUUCCAAUUUCCUCUCGCCCUUUCACGAUGUUUCCAUUUCAGAGGACGGUAAUCCUGCUGUUCCCACUAGCCUGUCUGAUCAUCUCCACAUCCAGCCGCAACACGUACAAAGUGAUACCAAUCGUGACGAGCGUCGAGUUACGGGAUAACUUAAAGUAUCUCAACUCUUCCGCCACCAUCCACAACACAUCGACGGAGAGUAAGGUCGAUCUCGCCAUUACGGUCACACGACCACUUCCAGAUCCUUGGAUGAACUUCGUCGUGUGGAUCGACCUAGCUUCUGGAACGUUGCAGACUCCGCUACAGAACACAACGUUCGAUUUUUGCGAGUUUCUCAAGAACCCGGGACUGCAUCGGAUCGGUCAAAUACUGCACCGCGAGGUGAAGCGAAACGGAAACAUACCCAACUGCCCGAUCGGUCCGGGGCUGUACAAGUUCUGUGGCAUAUCGACGGCAGCGAUGCGGUUGCCAUCAUUUAUACCGGUAGCUAGCUACAUCAUGCACGUAUUUGUGGGUAUAGGAAAUGAGAUAGUGUACGAUUCCCGCUGGCACGGAUCGUUGAAGCGUGUCAAGUGUACCUCCAGCAUGCGCUGUUAACCAGUGGAAUCCAUUUGCUGAAUAAUCGCUCAUGCGUGGCUGUAUGAAACAACCUGCAGUAGGCAGUGUUUAAGUUUAGCAACCGUUUUACUAACACAACAACAAUAAACUAUCAGUUGAGUAUAUAAUGUAAGCAAAGUUGCAAACUAUAUCCUUAUCAGAACUGCUCUGAACUUCCUCUGACACAUUCAAAGUUUUAAUCUUUUUUUAAUAACAGCAGAAGU